UAGACAUGGACGUGGCUGUCGAGGAGAUUCCCUAUGGCGAAUUCGCAAUUGGAGAGGAGAAUAUAAUAGGUUCGGGGUUUUUUGGCGUCGUAUACAAAACGAAGUGGAGAAAUAUUGAGAUCGCAGUGAAGAGAAUAAUCCCGGGCCGCGAACACAAAUACAUUCAAAGAGAGAUUAACCAGCUCUCAAGGGUCAGCCAUGUGAAUAUCGUUAAACUCCACGGGAUAUCCAAGCACGAGGACAGCUUUCUUAUGCUCAUGGAAUACGUUGAUGGCGGAUCCCUGCACAAGUUUCUACAUGAGGGCUCGAAACCAAGUUACUCCCAGGCUCACGCCUUCAACUGGGCCCACCAGAUCGCUCAGGCGAUAGCUUAUCUACAUGCCAUUAGACCCAAAGCCGUCAUCCAUCGCGAUAUCAAGCCACUCAAUGCUCUGCUAUGUCGAAAGGGUCUCAGUCUCAAGAUUUGCGAUUUCGGCACAGUCGUGGACCUAUCCCAAUCUAUAUCUCAGAAUGCGGGGACCUGCAAAUACAAAUCGCCCGAGGUUUUAAAUGGACAUCACAUCAAUGAAAAGUGUGACGUCUACAGCUGGGCUAUUACUUUUUGGGAAAUACUGUCGCGCAAGGAGCCUUUUGAGAACCACGAUGGAACUUUUGCCCUGACUUUGGCCAUUAGUGAAGGCGAGAGGCCGCCCUUAGAAGCUAUUAUCUCCUGCCCCGAGGAUGUAGUUAGUCUACUGACCGCUUGUUGGGACACGGAUCCUCUGAGAAGGCAUACCAUGGAACUUAUUGUUCACAUCAUGUCUAAGUUUGUCAGCGAAGCAGGUCCUAUUACGCCUCUGGCUUUAUAAGUUACAUUAGUUAUUAGUAAACGACUAAGUGUGUGAACGUUAAACACUAUUUUAUUUUCUUGAAAACUCUCCUGAAAUAUUUACAUUGUGUGGGUUAUUGUAUGGAUUACGGGGAUAGGACGCGGGUGGGUUUGGGCGCCAAAUAUUCAAUUCAAGGUUACAUCCAGUAAACUGUAGUAUAA